AUGGGGAAGAAGAAGGGUAACUUGGGAAUGCUUUCUUGGGCACAAUGGCGUCCAUCGACUCCACGGCAAGCGCCCAGCGCAUCCCGCCCCCCCGAUGCUAGACCGCUCCUCGAACCCAACCUUAACCUCGCCCAAUUCGCCGCCCGGCUGCUUCUGGGGCGUGAGGCUCGCCGUUCCGGCGGGUUCCAGGGAGUCGUGAAGACCGAGGUUGGCUACUCUCAAGGCCAUGUCCAUGACCCAACUUACAGUCUUGUGCGGGGAGGUGGUACUGGUCAUGCGGAGGUUUUGAGGGUCCAUUUUGAUCCUAGUAUUUGCUCUUAUUUGACGUUGCUGUCUCUUUUCUGGGGGCGUCAUGACCCCACCGCUCUCAAUCGCCAGGGAAACGACGUGGGCACACAGUACCGAUCAGGAAUAUACUACUACAAUGAAGAACAAGCUAAAUUAGCGAAGGAAUCAAAAGAAGCCAAGGAAAAGGAAAUGAAUGGCAAGAAAAUUGUGACUGAAAUUCUCCCGGCGAAGAAAUUCUACAGAGCCGAAGAAUAUCACCAGCAGUACUUGGAGAAAGGAGGAGGAAGAGGUCUUAAGCAGUCAGCUGCAAAAGGAUGCAAUGAUCCAAUUCGAUGCUAUGGUUGAAUUUAGUGUUCCAACUUGGGAGUUUGCUAAUGCGAGUGGAAAUGUUUGCUUUUUUAUGUGUUGAAUAAGUACAUUGCAUCCAUCCUAUUGAAUAUUUCUGUACCUGAUAUGAAAAUUUAUAAAGUUUGCGAUUUGGUACUUGCUUA